GUAGAGUUUGAGUUUUGUGAGUUGCGGUUGACCUCUCAGCGGCAGCGGGACCCGUAAGGCCUCAGAAAUAGGCUUUUCUCUGUCCUGGGAUCCCCUCCUUCUUCAGCGUCUGCCCCAUAACCGGAAACGGAUUAUUUGGACUCUCCCUCAGACCCAGGAGUCACAGAUUUCAGCAAGUAUGGUCCCCCUCAAGAAGCGACGAAAUACCCCAAAGUUGCCCCUGGCUUUAAAUCCCCAGAAGAGCAAGGACGUGUUGGCAGUGCUGGCGGAGAGGAACCUGCCCAUAGUGCCAGUUGGGGCAUGGGUGGAACCUGCCUCACCACACACUUCGGAAAACACAGCGUAUACUGAAGCAUAUAUAAUUGAAGAAAAACUAAAGGAACAGGCAAGAAAAAAACAAGAAGCUUUGAAGCGUUCUCAGAGACUAGCCAAACACCGAGUAAAUCAACGAAUUAGUAUAAGAAAAAAGCAACAGCUUCAGAAGUCUUCUGAAGAAGUAGAAGAAGAAGAAGAUACUGUAGCUAUGCUGCCUUCAGAUCGAGGACAAUUAACUUCUAAAAGAACAAGUGUUUUUCCAAAGAAUUUGAAUGCUGCUAGUGGAAGUGCUUGGUUAUCUCCUUCCCAGAAGCUUGAUGAUGGAAUAGAAAAUAGAGAGAAUCAGAAUCAAUUAUUACAACAAGCCUUGGCUCUUAAGAAAACCAUGAAGCAGGCACGUUACCAUCUGGCAUCCUUUAAAACUAUGAGUAAAAAAUUUUCAGCAGUGUUUCCACGUGAUAUAAGGGAAAGCUUUUCCACUGAUGAGGAGCCUGACUCUGAGGAAUCUUCAUCGAUUACGGUAGACAAGAAAGGGAGAGAAAAAUUGUUAAGGCAGAACCAACAGGGUUUCCCUUCUGAAAAGAAGAACGAAGCGUUCAGCAGAGGUCAGAAAGCACAAUUCAAAAAUCCAUUAUGUGAUGUAAUAGAAGAGGAACAGCUAAGUAAGCUACAUCCUCAGGAUGCUCUGCCAGAAACCCAGGAUUAUCUUUCAGAAGACCAAGAUGAUCUGCUGGAGACCCAGGGUGAUCUGACAGGAGUGCAGAGUGUUGAGCUAGAAGCCCAGAAUAUUAAGCCACAUUCCCAGGCUGUUGAGCUGGCAGGCCAGCCUAUGGAAGACCAAGUUGUUGAAUCCAAAGCCCAGGCCAUUGAACGUAAAGUCCAUGUUUUCAAGGUGGAACCUCAGUAUCUGAUGUUGGAAGCCGGGAAUGUUGAACCAGAAGAUGGAAAUAUGUUGGGUAUUUUAUCCCCAAAUCAGGCUUUUCUACCCAAAGACCAGAGCAUUCUACCCAGUGAUCAGAAUAUUCCACUCAAAUGUCAGGACCAACAUUUUUUACGCAAAGAUCAGCAUUUUUUCCCCAAAGACCAGGAUAUUCAACCCAAAUAUCAGGACCAGGAUUUUAUACCCAGAUUUCAGAAAGUCCGCUUCAAGGAGCAUUAUUCUGUUAUAAAUGAGAAAGGGAGAGAUGACUUUUGUCUGGCAAGUUAUCAGUCUCCGACUCCUAAAGUCCAGGACCAGAUGUUCAUCAGAGAUCAGAACAUGUUUUUCAAGCAGCCAUCAUCUUUUCUGAAAGAAGUGGGAGUGAGAGAUGAAUAUCCUAUGGAGUAUCAUCAUUAUGUUAACCCUCAAGUCCAGGACCAUGCCUCCCCUGGAGAUCAGAGCUUAGACUCCAGGCAGCAGCCAUCUCUCAGGACAGCUGAAAGAAGGCAAGAUAUGUUUCUGGAUGGCCAUCAGCAUCUUCCAGCCAAGCACCAGAGAGAGGCUUCCAGCAGAAGGCAGGUUUAUGAUAAAUAUCAAUCAGGAUGGAACACUGAAUUCCAAACUCCACUAGGACUUCAGUUUGAAGUAAAUCAAGAAGAAGACAAAAAAGAGCGUCAAAAGCGGUACCUGAGAUAUAGGCGACUUUUCAUGGAUAUUGAAAGAGAAAAAGUAAAAGAACAACAAAGGCAAAAAGAAUACAGGAAGAGAAUUGAAAAAAUUAAGAGAAAGAAAGAGCAGCAACGUUAUGCUGAAGAGCAGAGGCUAUUAAGAAGGAACUUUCAAGAAGAGCCAUAUUCAGGGGAGAUGAGCGAAAUGUUAGCGCAGCUACAGCUCGAGGAAAUGAAAGAAGCCAGAGAAAAACAGCAACGAAGAGAAAGGGAAUACCAAAGGUAUCUAGAAGCUUUAAGGGUCCAGAUCCGAGAGAAAAUGCAGCUUUAUAAUAUUACUUUACCUCCACUAUGUGGCUGUGGUCCUGACUUUUGGGAUGCUCACCCUAAUACCUGUGCCAACAAUUGUAUUUUCUAUAAAAACCACAGAGCAUAUACCCGGGCACUAUAUUCAGUCAUCAAUUCCUGUGAUACUCCUAGGUGGACCUUGAGUCUUCGAGCUGCCAUUCAUAAUUUUGCUUCUGCAUACAGACGGACUUUGAAAUAUGUAUAUUUAGAAUCUGAAAUCAACUGUUAGUAUUUCAGCCUUCAACUUAAAAUCAGCUCUCUGAGAGAUGGUUUAGGAAAAACUGUUGAAGUGUUAAUCUGGAAAGAAAGACUGCCCGUGUAACAACAGUCUCUACAAUUAUAUUGGAACCAUUGUUUCCGUCUCCAUCUUGGGACCAUGAUGGAAAGUUGACUUCCAUACUUGUCUCUUUGCUAUGAACCAUGUAGACUCUUAUUGUUUUAAAAACGAUCAAUCAGACCAGUAAGGUUUAUCUUACUUUGCUCUGUUUCGAUCUGAAGAGAUCAUGAGAAAUUUUGGACAUUAUCUUGUUUAUUGUCUUUCUAAAACUGUAUCUUUGAGUCUUAACAGAAUUGGAAAUGUCUGGAUGAAGCAGAAAAGAAAGAUGAUGAAAUGAGUUUCUGAGCAUCAGUGGCCAUCUAGAUUCCUGCAGCUUUUCUAGUUGUGUAUAUAACAAUUAGAGAUAAAAAGGAUUUGAAUUUGAUGCACUUUUUUUCUAAAAAUUUCUUUUGGGGGGAGGGUUGGUUUGUGUGUGUGUGUUUUUUAACUUAUUACCUCUUUCACCAUUCAGUGAAUUGGGCAUAAACCUUUUUAAUUUUAUAAUUUUUAUUGCCAAAAAAGGGAAAAUAAACCCUCUGUUUUUUGAGCA